AUGGUCUCGGGUACAUGCUACGGUGAACAGAACAUGGACGAUGAUAUCAAAUAUUGCAGAGUCCUUGAUGCGGUAACCAAAGAUGCAAGAGAGCUGCCCGUAGUAGAACUAUUAGAGUACAUGAGGACUUUUAUUGAACAUUGGACUAAUGAAAAGUUAUUGAAUGCAAAGGGAACGUUCACAUACAUUGGAAAAAAAUACAACAAAGAGUUGGAGGACAACAAGACAUUAUCGCAGAAGAUGAGAGUGAGGGCUUCAACAGAUUACAUCCAUACUAUGAUAGAUGGUGUGAAGCGCUUCAUUGUUUGUCUUCAAAACAAGAGAUGUAGUUGUGGACAAUUCCAGCUUGAUGAACUUCCAUGUCCACAUGAUUUGGCGGCUUUGAGGCACAGGAACAAGUCUUAUGAAAACUAUUGUUCUCCUUAUUACACGAGGGAGAGCUUUCUGCAGACUUAUGAAAUACCAGUAGAUCCGCUGCCUGAUGAAAGCAAAUGGAAUGUGCCACAACAUAUAGCUGAGGAAGUUGUAAUGCCACCUACUGGGAAACUCCAGCCAGCGAGACCUCAAAAACAGAGAUACAAACCAUAUGAUGAAGCAAAUACAAAGAAGUACAAGGUUUCAAGUGGAAACUGCGGACUAGAAGAGCAUAACAAAAGAUCUUCCUUUCCUAACAAUACUGCUAAAAUUGAAUAG